AUGAUUAUUAUUCUAUCAACGACAGCAGAUCGUCGACUAGCAAUUGUAUCUGAAAACCAUGCUAUUGUAUUUAAAGCAAUCAGUGAACCAUCCUCAAAAAAACCUAUUUGUAAUAUCGAACUAGCUGAAAAGAAAACCUUGAGAGGUCAUGGUUUUCAAAAGUUGUCUAGUCAUGAAAUAUUUGGGUUCAUUGGUUUAAUAGAAGUAAACGGUUUAAUUUUUAUAGGGACAAUAGUUGGGAAAUCAAAAGUAGCACAGCCGGUUCCAGGUGAAUCAAUCAAUAAAAUAAAUUCGGUAGAAUUCUAUUGUUUAAAUGACCCAACGUGGGAUUUUACUGAAUUUGAUGCGAAUGGAUAUCCGUUGAAAACUGAACAAGAUUCUAGUGAAGUUCGUGAACCUAUACCAAGGCAUCCACUAUCCGAACUAAGGAAAUUACUGUCUAAUGGAUCUUUUUAUUAUAGUUCGGAUUUUGAUUUAACAGCUACUUUACAAAGUAGAGGUUAUGGUGCACAUUCAUUAAGUUCUGACAAAUAUGAAACCGAAUACAUGUGGAAUUACUUUUUGAUGCAAGAUAUUAUAGAAUAUAGAGAUAGACUUGAUAAUAUAGCCAAACAAAUAUUAGAUGACAAUGGGUUUUUGACAACAAUGAUAUGUGGUUUUGCUGAAACAUUUAUAACUGCAAUUGAGAAAACUAAGGUAGCCAUAACUAUUAUUUCAAAGCAGAGUUGGAAAAGAGCUGGUACAAGAUUUAAUGCUCGUGGUGUUGACGAUGAUGCCAAUGUUGCAAAUUUUGUCGAGACUGAAACAGUUAUGUAUUCAUUACACUAUUGUUAUUCUUUCACUCAAAUUAGAGGUAGUAUACCUGUGUUUUGGGAACAAGAGAAUGGCAUGAUUAAUCCAAAAGUUGAAAUAAGAAGAUCUAUCGAAGCAACACAGCCUAUAUUUGACAAACAUUUUGAAAAUUUAAAUAAUAAAUAUGGACAUGUGAAUAUUGUCAACUUAUUGGCAUAUAAACCAUCAGAAAUCGAGUUAUCAAAAAGAUAUCAUGAUCAUCUAAAGAACUCAAAGAAAUUUCAAUUUGGUGAAGAUGUCUCUUUAACUGAUUUUGAUUUUCAUAAGGAAACAUCUGGUGAAGGUUUUGCGGGUGUGAGAAAGCUUAUACCAUUAAUUACAGAAUCAAUGUUGUCAUUAGGCUAUUUUUCAUAUGAUAUUAAAGAACAGAAAGUUCUAUCGGAACAACAUGGUGUUUUUAGAACCAAUUGUUUAGAUUGUCUUGAUAGGACAAAUGUUGUACAGCAAGCUAUUUCUAAAGAAGGUUUCAAAAUAUUUUUAGAAGAUUUCAGAUUAAAAUCUAGUAAUGACGGAGUCGAAGAUGAAGACGUAAUGAACAAACUAAAUGAAUUGUGGGCGGAUAAUGGUGACCAGAUAUCACAAAUAUAUACUGGUACAAACGCUUUAAAGUCAUCGUAUUCAAGAAAGGGAAAAAUGUCCUUAUCUGGUAUUUUAUCCGAUGCUACCAAAUCUGUUAGUAGAAUAUACAUCAACAAUUUUGUCGAUACUGGUAAACAACAUACUAUUGAUUUUUUACUAGGAAGACUACCUAAUCAAUUGACAGUUCAAUUAUUUGAUCCAGUAAGUCAAUAUAUCUCUAAAGAAUUGAGCUCACAAUCAGACAAAUUCACUACGAUAGCUAACAUAGAAAUCUUUGCAGGUACAUUUAAUGUGAGUGCUGCCACAGAUAAUAUCGACCUUACUAAAUGGCUAUUCCCUGUUGGAGAAAGAUUCAAACCAGAUGUAUUUGUAUUGGGAUUGCAAGAGGUUAUUGAAUUAUCAGCGGGUUCGAUAUUGAAUGCCGACUAUACAAAGGGACAUUUUUGGGAAUCAAUGGUUAGUAAAUGUUUGAAUAAAUUUGGGGAUAAAUAUUUACUUUUACGUGUUGAGCAAGUAACAUCUCUAUUGAUCUUAUUAUUUGUUCAUGUAGAUAAAGUCCAAAACUUCAAGGAAGUCGAAGGCGCAUCAAAGAAAACUGGUUUUGGUGGAAUUGCUGGAAAUAAAGGUGCUGUUUCUAUUCGAUUCAACUACGGUGAUACGUCUUUUUGUUUCAUCAAUUCUCAUUUAUCAGCUGGUGAUAACAAUGUUGAAGAUAGAAAAAAUGAUUAUUGGAACAUUUUAAAUGGUAUUAAUUUUACACGUUCCAAAACAAUUUCUGAUCAUGAUAAUAUCUUUUGGUUAGGAGAUUUAAAUUUCAGAGUUAAUCUAGACAGUGAAAUAGUUAGGUACGAACUUGAAAAGAAAAAAGAUGACUAUAUUAAUGGUUUAUUGAAGUAUGAUCAGCUUCGUCAUGAAAUAAUGACUGGUGAAAUUUUUAAAGGUUUUAAAGAAGCUCCGAUUAAAUUCCGCCCAACAUAUAAGUACGAUAAAGGAACGGAAAAUUAUGAUUCCUCAGAAAAGGCUAGAACUCCUUCCUGGACUGAUAGAAUUUUGUACAAAGGGGAGGAUUUAUCUGCAUUGAGUUAUAGUGAUGCACUAAUUUUAGAUAGUGAUCAUCGUCCUGUAUAUGGUGCUUAUAGAGUGAUAACAAAGUUUAGUGAUAAUGAUAAAAAGAAGGAAUUAGUGAAAUUAUUAUAUACAGAAUUCCAGCGAAAACAUUCAGAUUUGGUUUUAACCAAUAUAUUUUCCAAAUCAGACAGUGGGUUAUCACUUAAUUCGACGCCCGCUUCCAACGAAGACAGCAACGGCUAUAAUAUCGAAGACUUAGAUUUGAGUAGAGAUUCAUUCAGGACACUGAUGAGUGAUACAACUACUAGUAGCAAAUUGAAUUUACGCCCUCCACCUCCACCACUUACAGAAGAUGUUUCUUCGAAUUCUGAUUGCAAAAGUCCAGAAUCAAUAGUAAAGACUAUAAGUAGAACAGAAUCAUUAACUAAUAAAGAGAGACCUUUACCACCUGGGUUUAAUGAUGGAAUCGUAUUAACCCCAGGAAAAGUGAAUGAGGAUGGUAAUAAAUAG